GGCCUGAAAGGGACUGGUUAGACUGUUCGGGGCCUACCGGCCCGGGCGGUGGAGCCAUGUUCAAUCAGACCGGGAGCGGCGUGCGCCGGGUCUGGGCCGGGGGGCUGAGGACCGGACCGCGAGGCCGGGACCCUGCGGGGGGAGAGGCUCCAGAGAAGCUAAGUCGAGAUACAGCGGGGAGGCGACUCGGUAAUUCGCCAAAAUGACCAACACAAAGGGAAAGAGGAGAGGUACUCGCUAUAUGUUCUCUAGGCCUUUUAGAAAACAUGGAGUUGUUCCUUUGGCAACAUACAUGCGAAUCUACAAGAAAGGUGAUAUUGUGGACAUCAAGGGAAUGGGCACUGUUCAAAAAGGAAUGCCCCACAAAUGUUACCACGGCAAAACUGGAAGAGUCUACAAUGUUACCCAGCAUGCUGUUGGCAUUGUUGUAAACAAACAAGUUAAGGGCAAGAUUCUUGCUAAGAGAAUUAAUGUACGUAUCGAGCACAUUAAGCACUCAAAGAGCCGAGACAGCUUCCUGAAGCGUGUGAAGGAAAAUGAUCAGAAAAAGAAGGAAGCUAAGGAGAAAGGUACUUGGGUUCAACUGAAGCGCCAGCCUGCCCCACCCAGAGAAGCACACUUUGUGAGAACCAAUGGAAAGGAGCCUGAGCUGUUGGAACCCAUUCCCUAUGAAUUCAUGGCGUGACAAAUGUAAAAAAAAUAAAA